AUGUUAGCAAAAGUGCGUUCAUUGACUGCAAGUCAUAAUAUGGCGAUUCAAAACAUUUGUUCGAGAAAUACCGGACUGGUAAUUGAUGUCAUAGAAAAUGAUUUUAUUGGUGAACUGCUACCAAGUGUGGUUGAUUCGUCACAAAAGUUGCUUUACCCAUAUACUCGACCAGAAUUCCUAUACUUUUCGGAUGAAGAGGUUACUUUAUCAGCAGACCAAUCGGCUCGUCCAGUUCUUUGUCCAAAAGAUCCACUUAAAAUGCCAGCAUAUACUGGCUAUGCAGAAGUGAUAAAUGCAGGAAAAACUGUUCAAAAUGAAGAUCAAGCAUCUGCAAGGAUUCUAACUCUGGUUCAGCAAGGAUGUAAUGCUGAGGAAGCUCGAGAUUUAACAAUUUAUGAUCAUCGCUCAGAUAGUGACAGUGUCUCGAGAUCUUCUAGCAAAGUUUGUGAACAUCUGACAGAAAAUGUUCGUGCAGCGAGGAGAUAUUCUAAUGCAGAUAUGAUAGUACCUCCCAAUUCAAACAGUUCAAUAAAAAAACCAAUGGAAGCUGCUUUUUUUGCCAUUUUUGAUGGGCAUGCUGGAAGUGGUGCUGCUAUCAUGGCUGCAAAUUGCCUUCAUAAGCAUAUACGACAUCGACUGUGCCAAGUACUCGAAAGAAUCACUUUUUUAAGUAAUUCUAAUACAUUCUGUGGAUGUUCCACUCAGUCAUCUGCUGAUAUUACGGAAGAAUAUAAUUCAUCCAGCUUCGAUUAUUCAAUUACCAGCGAUAGCCUUGUCGUGGGGGCUAUUGAAACCGCAUUUAAAGAUAUGGAUGAUCAAAUAGCAGAAGAAAAACAAUUAUGGAGGAUAUGCGGAGGUUCCACAGCUAUCGCAUCUUUAUUUUUCCUUGGUAAGUUAUUUAUUGCAAAUGCAGGGGACUGCCGAGCGUUGCUAAUUACCACGGAUAAUAUUCAACAGUUGAGUCAAGACUUCACUCCAGCAACUGAACGGAAACGAUUACAAUUUAUAGCUUACAAAAAUCCUGAUUUGAUAUCGAAAUAUUUCUCGCGUUAUGAAUAUAGUCGUUUUCUCACAAGAAACGAUUUAAGAAGAAAGGUCUUUUAUCGUGAUUGGUUCAUGGAUGGAUGGGCGACAAAAACUGUUCGGGAGUCAGAUUUAAAAAUGCCAAUGAUUAGUGCUCACGAUAAAAAACGACGUUUGUUGAAUACCAUUGGUGUGAGUCGUGGUUUUGGUGAUCACAGCUUGUUCACUGCUGACGGUAAAAUUCCAAUCAAGCCAUUUUUGUCCCCAGUACCAGAGGUUAAAAUUUUUGAUCUCAAAAAAAUUGAUCCGCUUUCUGAUGAAGAUGUACUUGUACUGGCAUCAGAUGGAUUAUGGGAUGUUUUAAGUAACAACGAUGUAACGGCAAUUGUAAAAACUGCUUUGAAAAAUUCCGAUCCAACGGAUUAUUUGAAGUAUACGAUAGCUGCACAGGAAGUAGCUGUGGCAGCACGAGGUAAUCCGAUAGAAACAUAUCGAUGGCAAAUGUCGAGUGGUGGUUGUGCAUCCACAGAUGACAUUACUGUGUUUAUUAUUCCACUAAAAUAUGCUUUUGCACCAUUAAUAUCUAGGACUGGCAAUAAUGAAGGAAUACAGUAA